CAUGUCGUCCGUGAAGGUGGCCGUCCGGGUCCGGCCCUUCAAUGCCCGCGAGGUCAGCCGUGAAUGCGACGGCAUCAUCGAGAUGGAUGGAAACACCACAAUUAUCACCAAUCCGAAACAAAUCAACGACAACAUCAAGAGCUUCAACUUCGACUAUUCAUAUUGGUCAAUUGAGGUGCUGUUGACUGUGAAGGCCUCGCCUGACAGCGGUGACCAGGUGCUGGUGACAGUGACGGCCUCGCCUGACAGCGGUGACCAGGUGCUGGUGACCCAUCGGCGCCCCAGUUUGCCCUCCCAAGAGCGGGUGUACCAGGACAUCGGCGUUGAGAUGCUGGAUCACGCGUUUCAAGGUUACAACGUGUGCAUAUUCGCCUACGGCCAGACAGGGGCCGGGAAGUCGUACACGAUGAUGGGCAAGGCGGAGCACGACCAGGAGGGCAUCAUCCCCAGGAUCUGCCGCAACCUCUUCCAACGGGUGUCCAACAGCAAUGACAUAGACGCCCAGAUAUCGGUGGAGGUCAGCUACAUGGAGAUCUACUGCGAGCGCGUCCGGGACCUGCUAAACCCGAAGAACAAGAGUCACCUGCGCGUGCGAGAGCACCCGCUGCUGGGACCUUAUGUUGAGGACCUUUCCAAGAUGGCCGUCACAUCUUACGAAGACAUCCGCGACCUUAUGGACCAGGGCAACAAGGCGAGAACGGUGGCUGCCACGAACAUGAACGAAACGUCCAGCCGCUCGCAUGCCGUCUUCACCAUCAUAUUUGCCCAGAAGACGUGCGACCCCGUCUCGGGAGUGGAGACAGAGAAGGUCAGCAAAAUAUCACUGGUGGAUCUGGCGGGCUCAGAAAGAGCUGACUCUACGGGCGCAAAGGGCACCAGGCUGAAAGAAGGAGCCAACAUCAACAAGUCGCUGACCACUCUGGGGAAAGUCAUCUCAGCGCUGGCGGAAGUGGCGUCCAAAAAGAAGAAAAAGGCCGAGUUUAUUCCGUACCGGGACUCGGUGCUGACCUGGCUUCUACGUGAGAACCUGGGCGGCAACAGCAAGACGGCCAUGGUGGCUGCUCUGUCGCCGGCCGACAUCAACUAUGACGAGACGCUCUCCACCCUGCGAUACGCGGACCGAGCCAAGCAGAUCAUGUGCAAGGCGGUGGUGAACGAGGACGCUAACGCCAAGAUGAUACGCGAGCUGCGGGAAGAGAUCAGUCGACUGCGUGAUCUGCUCAAGGCCGAGGGCGUCCAGGUCGAGGAGGACGGCAGUGUCAUUUACUCGAACGAUAGACAUAAGGCCCAGGAGCUACGGAACAACGCCAUGAACCAAAGCUGCACGGAGGAGACGGUGAACGCCAACCCGGCCGAGCCGCCGUCCGCCAAGGCUGCCGUCCAUCAGCUGCAGGUCAACGAGAAAAUUAUGGCAGAGCUGAAUGAGACCUGGGAGGAGAAGCUGAGAAAAACAGACGACAUGACAUUCACGCCGCACCUGGUGAACCUGAACGAGGACCCGUCCAUGUCCGAGUGUCUCAUCUACUAUAUCAAGGAGGGCAUCACGCGCGUCGGCUCCGCAGAAGCCAACAUACCGCAGGACAUCCAGCUGAUCGGCCUGCACAUCUACAACGAGCACUGCAUCUUUGAGAACAGGGAGGGCGUGGUGAUGCUAUUCCCGAACGAGGGCGCGCUGUGGUUACGCAUCGACCUGAAGAAAGAGAUGGAGAAACGCUUGGAGAACAUGGAGGAACAGUUUAGAAAGGAAAAGGAGGAAAGGAAGAAAGAAUAUGAAAAGGAGCGACAGAAUUACGAGGCCCGGAUAGACGCCCUCCAAAAGCAAGUUGAGGAGCAGAGCAUGACCAUGUCCAUGUACUCUUCCUACACAAACACCGAGGAGCUCAAUACGGAAGACGACAUAUACAGUAACCCGCUGUUCGAGGGGGAGGUGCCGUGGACAGAGCGCGACUACCAGCUGGCGGCCACCUGUUUCCAGAAGUGGCGCUUCCAUCAGUUCACCUCACUCCGCGACGACCUCUGGGGCAACGCCGUUUUCCUCAAGGAGGCUAACGCCAUCAGCGUCGAGCUUAAGAAGAAGGUGCAGUUCCAGUUCACGCUGAUGACGCACACCAUGUACAGCCCGCUGCCAGCCGACCUGCUGUCUUCCGCCUCUUCCUCCUCCGACGAGGACGAGGAGGAUGCACUGCACCCCACGUCGCGCACGGUGGUCGCCGUGGAAGUGCAGGACCUAAAGAACGGCGCCACCCAUUACUGGAGCAUCGAAAAGCUGCGGGCACGCGGUGUCGGUCAGUAUCACCAGAUGUAG